CGGAUCUAACCCUUACUCUGGCCUCGUCGGCGCUCUAUUCACUGUUACCGCAUCUAAGAGGAUCGAGAUUGAAGAGAUGAUGCCACUGAAGAAGAAAGCCUUUGUCUACCUGUGCAUGACGGUAUGGUCAGUUAUGCGGCUGGCCAGUGGAGGCACGCUACAGUUGUCGAAGGCAAAAGGGUCGGACCGAACAUACAAAGUUGUAUGUUACCACACGAACUGGUCACAAUAUCGGCAGAAACCUGCCAGGUUCUAUCCUUACAACAUAGACCCCAACAUCUGUACACACAUAAUAUAUAGCUUUGCCAAAAUAGAUUAUCGGGGUCAGCUGGCGCCGUUAGAGUGGAAUGACAUCGACUAUCCACAUAUGUAUAGACAGUUUACAAACCUGAAGAAAAAGAACCCGAAAUUACGAACUUUGUUGGCUGUGGGUGGAUGGAACCAUGGGUCUAGACCUUUCACAGAUAUGGUUAAGUCAAAGGAAAGCAGGCGAUACUUCAUCGACCAUGCGAUACAAUAUCUGCGCGCGCAUAAGUUUGAUGGCCUUGACCUGGACUGGGAAUACCCAGCCAACCGAGGAAGUCCACCGGAAGACAAGAGCCGAUUUGUUGACCUAGUUCGGGAAUUACGACAAGCCUUUGAAAACGAAGGGACAAAAACGAAACAAGAACGUCUGUUAUUAUCGUCGGCUGUUGGCUGUGGUUUUAAGAUCAUCGAUUCAGCCUAUGAUGUGCCAAUUAUCACACCUUAUUUUGACUUCAUAAACUUGAUGACAUAUGACUUUCAUGGAAGUUGGGAGAAGAAGCUGGGUAUACACGCAGCGCUCUACCCAAGGAAGGAUGAGGUUGACACACCCGCCGGCAAACUAAACGUGGACUGGGCUGUUCGUCGCUUCAUCGAGCUCGGAGCACCUUCCGAGAAGCUGAUCCUAGGGAUACCGCUGUAUGGCCGGUCUUUUCAGCUGUGUGGUAAUGACGUAAAGCCCGGCUCUAAGGCUUGCGGGGGAGGCCGGCGAGGGCCAUUCACCAAGGAGAAAGGUUUUCUGGCUUACUACGAGAUUGUCCGCAGUUUCCAGGACGGAUGGGUCAGGGAAUGGGACAACGAACACAUGGCCCCUUAUGCCUACAGUACACGUGAAAAACAGUGGGUCGGCUAUGACGACAUGGAAAGUAUAUACCAUAAGGCCAUGUACGUGAAGAGUCACAAGCUGGGAGGGGCGAUGGUCUGGGCUCUGGACUUGGAUGACUUCGCUAACAUAGCUACUGAGGGGAUGAACUACCCGCUGAUGAGGACGAUCAACGACGUGCUGUGGGACGACUUCCUCGUACCUCAGACUCCCAUACCAGAACAGAUAAGUACAGUAAACAUGAUACGAACUACAGGUAACCGGUCACGAAUCGAUCAGUCAACUUACUCACCAUCAGGAGACGGACACACCACCCAUAAACCGCGCCUAACGACAUCUGAAAGACGAACAAUCGCGCCAACGACAAGACGAACGACACAGCGACCAACUACAUCAACAACGCGCCGCGCGUCGAGAGUGACAUCGAGAAGAAACCCAUACACACCUCCAAAACCCAGGGCGACGCGGAAACCUGUGCGCAGAACGAUGUCAACAAGAAGGACGACAACAGGACUUACCAGACGAGUUCAUCAUUGGUUUACCACUGCUGUAACUGUGAAACCAUCUAGUCGCCACCGAACUACGCCCACAACCAGGUUUACCACUCCUGUGACUGGGAAAUCAUCGAGUCGCCAUCAAACUACGCUCACAACCAGGUUUACCACUCCUGUGACUGGGAAACCAUCGAGUCGCCACCGAACUACGCCUACACCCAGGUUUACCAUGGUUUUAACUGGACAACCGUCUAGUCGUCACCGGACCAUGUCCACAACCAGGUCCACCACGGCAGUGACUGGGCAACCGUCCAGUCGUCAUCGGACCAUGUCCACAACCAGGUUACCUCGACAAGAAACUACUACGCGCACACCAUCGACCCGCGAAAAGACAACUAGACGGAAAUCUACGAGGAUAAACACAACGCGGAGAACGACAGAAUCACCUAAGCCUACAGAACAUAUGGUCAUUCGAGUGUCUGGACACGGUCAACGAAAAGGUACACAGAAGAGUUCCAGGGUGAGAAUUUCACCAAGAACACCGACGCCCGUGACGGUAGCUACUACAUCGAGGAAGACACGAAGACCUGCAAUACCAACAAAUAUUCGCAAACACGCAACGUCCAAAUCAGGGAUGACAACACGAUCAACACCGACACGGCCCACGCGUAAGUUGGACGCCAAAAGAAAUUUACGACCAUUUACCACAAUCAAACCACCACACAGGACAACGUGGAAUUGGUGGUAUAGGUCACACAAAACAGACGCUCAGACGAGAAAACGCAUCAGCACUACAACAACACCUGUAACAAGAGUGAGCCCUAGCACAAAGUCAACCCGACCUUCCAGAUGGCAAUUAGCAACUAUUAGUGUCAAAAAUAAAACACUGGACUACAAAAUACAAAAUGUUCACGAAGGCGGGAAGCAACACGGGACGACAACACCUUGUAUCGUAGUGCAGGUUCAAGAAAAGAUUGAGAAACGACCCAUUUCAGAAAGAAUUGCGCCUCCUCAGUUUCCUUCGUGGUCAACAAAAAGUCCAUUUACAGCGAAAGAAACGGAGUCAGACUUCAUGUGUCCAUCGAUAUUUGGUAUUUAUGCGGAUCCCGACGACUGCGUGAGUUUCUUCCAGUGUGUUUGGUUUGUUCCCUUCCACUACACGUGUGGCCCUGGUACAGCGUGGAAUGACCCCUUGAAGGUGUGUGAUUGGCCUGACAAUGUUAACUGUGCAGUGUUGUAGCCCAGAGUUAACGCUGGUAGAAGACUCAGCAUGACAACAGCCAAUCAGCAUUAUUUAUUUUCUGGUGUGAGUUUGUAAAUAUUGCAUAUAAACCACUGUAUCCAUAACCUUGGUGACAUAGCCACGCCCUCUCCGUCCGGUGGUUUGUGUGGCACUGCUGUACCAGAUUCUCACUGGACGUUUUUCGCCCUAUUGAAAUCCCCACACUCCUGGCUAGAAUGAAGA